ACAUUCUCAUUAUUGCUUUAUAUUUCUUCUCGAUCGGACGGAUCAGCUGAUGGCUUUUUCUCUUUCCUGGCGAUUGCUGACAGUCGCGCGAUCGGCCGAACAAUCGCGCGACCCAAUACGACGACUUUUGUCUGUCAGCUCGUUCUUCUUUGCCAAAAAAGUAGUACCCUUCAAAUUGUCGGACAUCGGCGAGGGAAUUCGAGACGUCACAGUGAAAGAAUGGUUCGUGAAACCGGGAGAUCAGGUGAAGCAGUUCGAUGACAUCUGUGAGGUGCAGAGUGAUAAAGCCUCGGUGACAAUCACGAGUCGCUACGAUGGCCUUAUCAAGACUCUGCACUACAAGAUUGACGACGUCGCGUUGGUCGGAUCAACGCUGUUGGAUUUUGAGAUAGAAGACGACUCAACAGACGCCGUGAGAGACGAUGCAGGUGAGACCGCAAAGAGCGCUGAAAAUCAAACGAUUGACAAUUCAGAAAAAAGCGAGAGAAGAUCAGAUACAGUGGAAUCAGAGGACAUCACCUUGAAAGAAGAGAAGAUAUUGUCAACCCCAGCGGUGAGGAGGAUAGCCAAAGAGAAUAACAUAAAGCUGACGGCUGUAAAAGCGACUGGCAAGGAUGGAAGAGUGCUCAAGGAAGACAUACUGGCACACCUGCAGAAAAUUUCCGCGGAUCCGAAAGUUAAGGUGGAUGUUCCAUCGAGCAUGACGGGAAGAAUGGUCGGUCUUAAAGGAUACACGAUACACAUGUGGAAAACUAUGACGAAAUCUUUGACAAUACCACACUUCGUCUACAGCGAUGAGUGCAACGUGGACCAAGUGAUGCGCUGCCGAAACGAUGUGAAAGACUCCUUGAUGGAACUGGGCAUCUCUCUAACUCUUAUGCCUUUCUUCAUAAAAGCAGCCUCGCGAGCGUUGGAGCAGUAUCCUCAAUUAAACGCUUGGCUCGACGAAGAGGCCCAACAGCUGCAGCUCUUGGACAAUCAUAAUAUCGGCAUUGCCAUGGACACUCCGAAGGGCCUAGUAGUGCCGAACAUCAAGAAUGUGCAGAACCUCAGUGUUUUCGCAAUCGCGCAAGAGCUGAAUAGACUUCAAAAGUGCGGCAGUAAAGCAUCGAUGUCGCAUGCCGAUGUGAGCCACACGACGUUUACGUUGUCCAAUAUAGGCAUGAUUGGUGGAACGUAUAUGAAGCCGGUUAUCGCAUCACCGCAGGUGAUAAUAGGUGCAUUUGGAAAGGCGCGGAAGUUACCGCGAUUCGACGAUAAGGGGAAUGUGAUUCCAGCCAACAUAAUGUCGAUCAGCUGGUCCGCAGAUCAUCGCAUCGUUGACGGCGUAACGGUGGCUAGAUUCUCCAAUCUGUGGAAGUACUAUGUGGAGAAUCCGAUGCAUCUGCUGAUCUGUCCUUGAAGCCGUCUAUAAACAUUUAUAUACACUAAGGAUCCAGUCUUUAGAUUGGACAAACUUUUUUACGUACUAUUAAAACGAGAUUAUGAAGAUUAUGAGAAAAUGUUAAUAUAACGUUGUGAUUUUUAUAUUAAUUACUUAUAUAACCGAAACAAAAACGUAAAAAUAUGAAGUAAUAAACUAUUUGAUGUCAGAGUCGCUUUCUCAUCAAGUAAAACUCAUCAAGUUUCGGUGCAGAACGAGAAAUAAAUACUUUCAAGUGCCUGACAUAUCUCAUAAAAUAUUAACAUAAUAUGAAUACAAUACUCGAUCCUUUUUGAAUAUUUAAUGGUUCAUAAGUUCCAUGAGACAACUGGCCUAAUUAUAAGCUACAUUUAUUUGUGCUCCCAAUCUAAAAUAAACCAGAAUACAACUAUUUAUAAAAUUGAGCAUCCAAUUUCAGAAUCGGUGAUUUAUAAGUUUAACGCACAAACUGCCGAAAACAGUUUAUACUAAUUCGUAAUUUACAUUGAUAAUUUGUCUUUUCAUGCGU